UCUGCAGAACAGCAUGGAGGCUCACCUGGAGAAAGACAGGGAGGGAGGCGCAGCAACCAGGAGCCAGCAAGAAAGUGAUCAGAGCUGGAUUCCCAAGAUCAUCAAGAAAAGAGUCUGCACAACUUUUGUUGAAGAUUCUUUGAGUAAUGGAGCGCUCUGUCAGUGUGGUAGUGAGCGGGAAACGCAUGACUCCGUGGCGACAGGAGACUCCUUUGGACCGGCAAAUGUUACCCAGUGGGACAGCCGGCAGCACUCGUCUGAAUAUCCCACAGAUGCUUUUGGGGAGCUGGAGUUUGCUGGAGCUGGACGCAGACACAGCUAUUUUUUGCGGCUUUCAUGUGACACACCUCCCCAGAUGAUCUACAAUUUAAUGACAGCCCACUGGGGCCUGUCCUCACCUAACCUGGUGGUAUCAGUGUUGGGAGGUGAGGGCCAUGAGAAGAUAAAGCCAUGGGUCAGAGAUAUCCUGCGAAAAGGGCUGGUUAGGGCUGCACAAAGUACAGGAGCCUGGAUUUUGACGGGGGGUCUGAGAGAAGGUGUUUCCCGCUGUGUAGGAGAUGCAGUGAGAGACCACAAGGCUGCGGCUUCAGCUGUGUCCCAGAAUAAAGUUGUUGCCAUUGGAGUGGCCCCUUGGGGUCGGGUGUACAACAGACAGCAGCUUGUCAACGCCCAGGGAAGUUUCCCAGCUCGUUACGAUGUCCAAAACACAACAAAAGAUACAUGCUGCUUGGACAACAGUUGCCAAGCUUUCCUCUUGGUGGACAAUGGGAGUGUUGGAAAACGAGGUGGCGAGACGGCCUUUCAAGCUAAUCUGGAGGACUACAUUUCCCAUCAGCGCACGGGCAUUUGGGGUAGCGGCAGCAUUGAAAUUCCAGUCCUUUGCAUGCUUAUCUCAGGAGAACCUGGUAUUUUGGAGAGAUUAGAUGCGUCACUGAAGAAAGCAACGCCCUGGCUGGUUCUUGCUGGUUCUGGUUCAGUAGCAGAUUUCAUUACCGACCUGGUGGCAGGAGAUGGAACAGCGUGUGACCGAGUCCACGAAAAAGUCCGGAAACACUUUCCAGCUGAGGCUGAGCAGGAAAAACUGGUCCAAACUGCUGUGAGUAUUUAUCAGAGGAGAGACCUCAUCACUGUUUUCAACGGGGAGCAGGAGGGACCUGAUGACUUUGACACAGUUCUCCUCAAAGCCCUGGUCAGAGCGAGUAAACGUGUGUCCAGUAAGGCCAGCGAGUACAUAGAGGAGCUUAGACUGGCUGUGGCCUGGAAUCGAGUGGACAUCGCUAAAGCUGAGCUCUUCAAUGGAGAAAUACAAUGGAAGUACGAAGACCUUGAGGAGUCCAUGACGGAUGCUCUGAUCAACAAUAAGCCCCAGUUUGUGCGUCUCUUCUGUGGAAACGGUCUUAACAUCCUGAAUUAUCUGACAAAUGAGCGGUUGGAGACCUUGUAUCGCUCGCUGUCAGACAGCUCGCUGGCUUAUAUGCUGCUCCAGAAGCAUCUGAGUGAAAGGAAGAGCCUGGUUGGAUCCCUGCCCUCUGUGAAUGGAGGUGCAUCAGGUGUGAUGAAGACUUUCCAAAUGAAAGUAAACACAGCUACUUCACUAAUGGAUCUUACCUUGUAUGAGGUGUCCCGGCUGCUACAGGAUCUCUUAGAUGAUGUCUGUGGGCCUUUCUACUAUCAAACUCUAGGGCUUGGCAAUGAGAUGGGCAACAGAAGAACUAUAAAGCGCGUCAAAAAGAUUCUGCAGGAGGAAUGUACAUACCGGAACCAGCGCUGCCCCUCACCCUGGGCGGCUCUCUUCAUUUGGGCUGUUUUACAGAACCGUGCUGAAAUGGCUAUAUUCUUCUGGGAGAUGAUAAAGGAGCCUGUGCUGAGUGCCCUUGGCGCCUGUAAGAUACUAAGGGAGCUUUCCAAGCUUGAGAGCGACACAGAGAGCAAGCUGGGCAUGAAACAACUGGCUCAGAGGUUCGAGAACCUGGCGAACGAUGUAUUCGGUGAAUGUUACCAAAGUAACGAGAGUCGCUCCUUUACACUCCUUAUAAGGAAGUCUACGGAGUGGGGCGGGGCCACAUGCCUGGAGAUGGCCACGGCAGCCGACGCUCGUCUGUUCUUCAGCCACGAUGGCGUUCAGUCUCUGCUGUCCCAGAUCUGGUGGGGUGACAUGGAAAGGAGUACCGAAGUCUGGAAGCUGGUUCUCACCUUCUUCGUGCCUCCAAUCAUCUACACCAACCUGAUCAAAUUCAGGGAACCAGAGGAGGAGGUUAGUCUUUCAGCAUUCUACCCCAUCAGGGACAAUGACAGCAUAGAAGGGAUCGAUGUCCUCUCCAUGUCUGCUGACAGUGUGCAAAACGAGGAAGAAUUGGAAGAACAGAAGACUCUGAAAGUUAACAUAAAAGACUCUGUGCAGACUCACUCCAAAAGACCAUUUAUUGUGUCAAGGUGGAGGCAGUUCUGGUAUGCACCGGUCACCUCAUUCCUGGGCAAUGUGCUGAUGUACUUCCUGUUCCUUUGCCUGUUUGCCUAUGUUCUGUUGGUGGACUUCAAGCCUCCACCCCCAGAUGGCCCCUCCGUUCUGGAAUUUGUGCUUUACUUCUGGGUUUUCACAUUAGUAUGUGAAGAGAUCCGACAGACCUUUCUUGGGGGCAGUUUGUUUUUGUCCCAAAGGAUAAAGAAGUACAUCCAGGAUAAUUGGAACAAGUGCGACCUCACAGCUAUUCUUCUUUUUCUGUUGGCUCUAUUGUGCAGAAUAUUUCCCUGGUCGUUUGAUUUUGGACGAACUUUGAUGGCCAUUGACUACAUGGUGUUCACACUGCGUCUGAUCCACAUAUUUGCCAUCCACAAACAGCUUGGACCCAAAAUCAUCAUUCUUGGAAAAAUGAUGAAGGAUCUUUUCUUCUUCCUUUUCUUCCUGGGUGUUUGGCUUAUGGCCUACGGAGUGGCUCAUCAGGCCCUCCUCUAUGCAUAUGACCCGCGGCCUACUUGGAUUUUCCGCAGAGUGUACUACAGGCCAUAUUUGCAGAUUUUUGGCCAAAUCCCAAUCAAUGAAAUGGAUGCUGACAAACUGCAGGAAUCUGACUGCACUUACAACCGUACAGAGAUUGAGGCAGGAGCAGAACCCUGUCUGAGUAUCUAUGCAAACUGGAUUGUUGUCAUGCUCCUGGUUAUAUAUCUGCUGUUUACCAACAUAGUGCUGGUCAACCUUCUCAUUGCCAUGUUCAGCUACACCUUUUCCAAAGUACAGGAGCACAGUGACAUCUACUGGAAGUUUCAACGGUACAACCUCAUUGUGGAGUACCACUCCAGACCCUGCCUGGCACCACCUUUCAUCAUCUUCUCCCAUCUCCACAUUCUUAUCAAGAGACACAUCCGCCGGAUUCCCUCUGGCAAGAAUCAGCACUUUGUUUUGGAGCUGAAAGGCAGGAAGGCUAGCUGCCUGAAUACAUGGGAGGCUGUGCAGAAAGAGGACCUCCUGUCUGCUCAGAAUAAAAAGCUGAGAGAGAGCGACACAGUACGACUUCAGCGGACUUCUGUUAAGGUGGACAGUGUUCUGAAGCAGAUGGCAGAAAUCAGAGACCACGACCGAAGGCUGCGUGUACUUGAGACGCAGCUGGACUACUGCUGCAGCGCCCUCUCCUGGAUGACUGAAGCUCUGUCUCAAAGUAACGUGGUCAGCACCAGCCGGCCUCCUCCACUCCACAAAGAUGUUACACCACUGUCUCCAAGCUGAGCUUCAGGAUCAAACCAAUGCCAAUGCAGUGACUGUUGUGUCAUUAGCAUUUCUAUUCCGUGGACCACCUCUGAACACAACAACCCCUUAUUAACCCUGUCCACCACUGUGGCUCAGUUUAAACAUCUGCUAAGACACUAAAACUGGUUUGUUACCCAAAGUCACAGGUCAAUGAUGUACUUUGUUAAAUGCCGUUUACUCAGGACAAUCAUGUUAAAGAACUUAUAGUUUCCAAUUCUGGCAGGUUUUGUUGUAUGAGGUGUUUAUGAGAAAAUCGUUGUUUCCUAUUUUUCAUGGAAAGAUCAGCAUGCAUGUUUCUAACUUUUACUGUUUUUGUAUUUCUAUUUUUCUAUUUUUUGUUUGUUUUUUUAGAUAAAAUCUUCCAAUAUCUAAAAGUCAAAGUCAUUGGAUAGACACAUUAGCCCCCAUGUUACCAAAGAGUGCCUUGCAAAAAUAUAUGAUGCCCUUUCUAGCCUUGUGAGACAGCAUGGUACCUAAGCAUCACACUCAGGGCUGUCAGAAUUUGUCAGGGUUUUCCCUGAGUGUAGAAGAGUAACAACAAAAUCGGACAGCUAUGUGGGCCGUCUAUUUCAUUCCUGUUAUUGCUGUUAUAUUUUAGACAGAGACCUUUUUCUGAGUUCCUCCUCUGGUCAUCUCUAAGUAAAUAUAAAUAGACAUAUUCCUGACUAGACUAUUUGUUUUAACCACACAUUAUUUUAAUUUCUUUUUUUUUUUUUUCUUAUAACAAAGAUAUAACCCAACCACAGAGCAGAGAUUUAAAUAGAAAGUUAGAUGUUUCUUCCAGUUUUUGUCAUUCUCUACCAAAAUAGAGGUCAUUUAACAUGACUUGAAGAGAUAUCAUUCCACUAUCUCAACAUGAAAGAAUUUUACAUUGUAUCUCUGGAGUGCUUGUUCUAGGACACCAUAAUAUUUAGGACAUAAUACAGGAGUGAAUAUAAAUACAAAAACAAUUUCAUUUGAAGAACAAGAACCCCUCUCCAAGGCUGUUUAAAUUAUCAUUGAGAGCCUCUUAAUUUAGCCGAAAAACCCUUUAUCCCUAACCGAUGGUGUCCAGAAUCUAGCAAAGUUUUUAUGACUGAAGUGUUUUGCUCAAAGAUUUAUCAUAAUACACUUGAAUACAUCCCAAAGUAUUUCUUAUUUGCCAUAAACCUUUUUUGUUCAGACAUGGUUGACUGUUUGAAUAGAAAACAAGCUCAAGGCUUGAGAUUGUAUUUGAUCUGUAAUUCUCGUUUAGUUUUUGUUUUUUAAUGCUCUUUCCCUUGUUUAAACGUUCUGGUAGGAAAAAAUAAAAAAUCCCGCUUGUUUUAUUAACCUGACCACAUCGUCUUGAGACCACAUCUCAAGACGAGCUGCUGACCUGGACAGGAGAUUAAGCAGGGAGAAGGCAGCAGGAAGGUUUUGGUAGUUUUAAAGCACACCUUGGCAGAUUUGUCUGCAAUAAAUGUUCUGUGCAUCGUUUAUUUGACUGUUUUGACCGUGUUUUGUGUGAAUCUCCUGCCAAAUUUUCAGAAAUUCGGUGGCAAAAUCUGCAGGAACGUUUUGACUCCAGCAUCCCUGAUGCACCAGUCCAUGCUAGAGGAGUAUGGCUUUGCCGUAUGGGGUUCCAUUUGUGCCAGAAAUAUUGCCGAGGUCGAGUGCCUUGUGACACGUUACGGUGGAGAAGUCGGGGGAAUUGUUGACUCUAAUGCAAUCUGUGAUGAGUGGUUCAGCAUGUGGGAGUACAUGAGGCAGAACAAGGACCAGUUAUCUCAGGAGCAGCUGGUCAAACUCCUCCUGACAGAAGCCACCAUGGCAGAGUUGGGCCCCAACAUGAGGCCCUCAGUGCUGAUGGUCAUCCCAGUCAGCACUGCUGACAGUGAGAGAUCCUUCAGCACGCUGAAGGUGGGUGAAGACCAGACUGAGGAGUCGGAUGAUAAACAAGACACUGGACGCCCUGUUGACGAUCAGCAUAGAUGGCCCCAGUGUUGAUGACUUCAACUUUGACAGGGCAGAGUCAGCCUGGGGGGCAAUGAGGAACAGAAGAACUUCUGUGUAGAACUACUAGUAGCAGAUGGCUGAUGGCAUACUGCAUUAAGACUCGAGACCUUUGUUCUAUAUUUCUCAUUGUAUUUAUGUUUGCUUUCACCAAAGGGAUACAUAUUGUUUUUGCUCCAUCCCCUCUUCUUCUCCAAACAAAUUAGCAAUAAACAACAUUUCAUUUGA